AUGGCAUCAAUUAAUCAAAAUUAUCAUUUCCCAUUAGAAGUUUGGGAAAACAUUGUAUCAAAAUUAGGGAAAAUAUCAAAAUCACAACAAGAAGUUGAUGAAACAAUUUUCAAUUUAGGUAAAGUUAAUAAAGAAUUUAGAGAUUUAUUUACAGGUGAUGAUUUUUGGUAUGGAUUAAUUAAAUCUAGAUAUUUUCAAAAUUUAUCAGAUCCUUUCCUUAAUGUAUCAUCUGAGAUUUCCAAAUUGGGUAAUCUUUAUGAAUAUAGUAUGAAAAGAUAUCAAAUUGAUAAAGAAAUUAGAUUUAGAUUCAAUACAUUAGAUUCAUCACCACAAAUUGUUCCAAACGAAUAUCUUAAUGAUCAUCCAGACUUGAAAUUUGAUAAACUUGAACGAACUCUAUUUUACAAAUUCUAUUUAUCAAACAUUUUGAAAUACAAAGAUUUAUCAAUUGAAAUUAUAGAAGAGAUGAUUCCAAAGUUGAAAGAAAAAGAUAUAUUCAAUGAAGCCAAUUGGUUAUUAAGUACCGUUAGACGUAUUAGAGUAUAUGAUGGAAUUUUCCAAGCUCAAAGAGAUCAAAAUAAGAAGAACAAAAUUAGAUUUUUCAAAGAUGCAGAAGGUGCAUUAUUUGAUUUAAGUCAUAUUGAUCCAUGUUUUGAAAAAUUAAAAUCAGUUAGACGUGCAAAAUUACAACAAAUUUAUAAAAAAGUUAAUGUUAAUCCAGUUUUAGAUACAAGAGAUAUAAUUGGUACUAUAUUGAUCAUUAAAGAUGCAGUUAAAGAUUCAUUAUAUUUCGAAGAUCUUCAUGGAAUUGGUAAUAUUGAAAGUGUUUCUUUAUUAAGAGUUUAUGCAUGUGAAUCAUCAGGUUUCCAUAUUGUUCAACUAGCAAUUAUUCAAAAAAUUGCCCGGGAAUUUGGUAUUAGAACUAUAAUUCCUAAUUCUAAAUCAGUAUUAAUCAUUAAUGAUCCUAAAUAUGUUGGAGAUAAACCAUAUUUAAAAAUUCAUUUAACUCAUAUGACACAAUUAAUGGAACCACCUUUACAAAAUUCAAUUAUAAUUAGACCUGGUGAUGAUAAUUAUGAUAAAUCUGAAUUGGUCCCUAAGAGAUCAGAUAAAGAAUUUUAUGAUUUUUUAAUUGGUAAAGUUGAUUCAUUACCACCUUUGAUUCAAUUACGUAGAUUGAAUCUUGCAAUAUUUAAUGAUACUGAUGCAAAUGAAUCUAAAAAAUCAACGGUUUAUCCAAUAUCAGGUGAUUGUUUAGAUAAGAAUUUGUUUUUAUCAAUUACAAGAUUUUGUUUAAGUUUUGAUUUGAAAAUGAAAAAUAAAGAUACUUCACAAAAUCAAGUAUUAGAAUUUGUUAAUAAGAUGAGUUUUGGUAAAAGUGAGGAUGACAUUCAUUAUGAUAUGAAUUAUUUAAUGGAAUUAUUACAAAUGAAUGGGAAAUUUGAAUUACCAAUAGAUUAUAGUAUGCUUAAAGUUAAUCCCAAAACAAAUAGAUUUACAAUUGAAUCAAUUAAAGAAUUUAGAAAAAAAUGUGAUGAAAUUAAAAAUGCUUAUUAUGAAAAGAAAGAUAAAGGUACUUUUAAAGAAGGUCGUAUAGUCAUAGAAUUGGAUAUUUGA